UGCUACCUAAAAGUAUUGUGUUAACAUGAUGGGAAUGGCCGGUUUAGCGGUAGCUCUGAUGGUAAUAACAUCACUGACAAUCGCUACUUGCGCCGAUGGAAAAGAUUUCUUUCAUCAUCCGGAAAUUAAAGUACGAAGAUUUUUGAAGCAGCUUAACAAGCCAGCUCUUAAAUCCAUUAAGAGUGAAGAUGGAGAUAUAAUUGAUUGUGUUCCAAUCGCUAUCCAACCAGAUUUUGAUCAUCCCUCGCUCAUAAAUCACACCAUUCAGAUUAAACCAAGUUUUAUCCCGGAAGGUGAAGGUGACUCUACGUACACCAAGAAGAAGAAAAAGCCUACUCAAGUAUGGCACAAAGAUGGAGAGUACUGCCCAGAAAACACUGUCCCCAUAAGAAGAACAAAAAAAGAAGAUAUCUUACGAGCAAAAUCUCUUGAAAGUUUUGGGAAAAAGAGUCAUCAAUACAUUCCUGAAGAUACAUCCUCUAAUCCAAAUUUUCACCAUGAGCUUGAGACAUAUCUAGUCGGAUACUGGCCGAGCUUCAUAGUUCCAAAGCUAGCAGAUUCAGCACGGAAGAUCGUAUGGGGAGGUGAAAUUACACAUUAUGUUGAAGGCAGAGGGGAACACACGCUACCGCAAAUGGGGAGUGGCCAUUUCGCAGAAGAAGGUUUUAAGAAGGCGGCUUAUUUCAAUUGCAUAGAGUACAUCGAUAAAUCUAAUAAUCCUAUCACACCCUUUGCUCAAAAUCUCGAAGCAAUCAUUACUCGGCCCGAAUGCUAUAACCUCAAGGUUGGCUCUAGCCGAAGGUGGGGAGCUUACAUUUUUUACGGCGGACCUGGACAUAACCCUCAAUGCCUAUGAGAGAUUAUGCUAACUAGAUUUUAAGUUGUAUUUUUACUAGGAAAAUGAAGUACCUGUCGAUGCGUUUGAUUUUGAGAAGAGAAUUAUUUCUAAACUUCUAAUCUUUUGAAUAUACUAAUGUACCUCCUCAAAAUGUUUUUCCUUGCUUCA